AUGGUUCGCAUCACUGCUGCUGCUGUCCUGGCUUUUGCCAUCUCCGCUUUCGCUCUCGCCCCCAACAACGCCGGCGCCAAGAGCGUCGGAGCAGGAGACGCCUCCCAGUUCAUCACCGGAGGCUGCGUCAACGACGCCGACUGCUCGUCCGCAUGCUGCGCCGAGAUCUCCGGCUCGGGCCUGGGAAUCUGCUCCGCCGAGGCUGCCUCUGAGCAAAACGGCAAGCUCGGCUGUGGCUUUGUCGACCCCAACGCCAGUGCUACGAUUGCUGCUGCCAAGGCUCAGGUCCAGAAGCAGGGUUUCUAG